UCUCGGUUUUAACCCGGGAUUAAAUACUCCAUCUGGUGCAAGCUACCUGAAUGAUUUUAUCAAGCGAUUGAAAUAUUGAUGAUUGACAAGACACUCGAGUGACAUGUAUACGAGUGAAUAUUAAGUACAGAUUUAUAUUAAUAGAACUCAAGUUAUUUAAAAUAACAAUAAAUAAACAAAUAUAUGAAUGAAUGUAAAUAAAAAUAAUAAUAAAGGUAAAAGCGCCGCCUCCAGGUGCUAGUGGCAAGCUGCUAACGGCGAAUGGCCAUUUUGUGCGUGACAGUUAAACAGGGGGGAACGUACUCUUGCAUUUAUUAAUUAUUUAUAUAAAUAAUGAAACAAUUAUAUAUAACAUGUCUGCUGGUGUUAUCAAGUUAUUGAUGAAUAACAAAUUUAUUUAAAAAUUUAUUAUUUUAUAAAUGUUAUUUACUCCCGUUGAUUUUUUAUUAUAAGGCGUCGGCUGCGCAAGACAAUAAAUGUGUGUAUAUAACUUUAGAAUUAUCAGAGAGAAUGUUUUGCGUUAAUGUUGGUGUAGCGAAUUGUGUAUUACAAUAUAUUGGUUGACAGUAAUCUACCAUCACCCAGCCACCGAUUCCUCCAGCAAUUUUAUCAGUAUUGAAUUAUUUUUAGACGCGAGGGUGACGCUGGUUGUUAGCGAUCGAGCGGAUAAAUUUCAACAACAAGCCGCCGCAAGUUCAGAUAAAAAAAAAUGGGGUUACACCAGUGGAGGGAGCGCGGGACCUCCCUCGCUGAGGAGUGUAGAGGUCCCAACGUCAACUUGGACGCCUCCAACGCCGUCCUUCAACGGUGAAUGUCCAUUGUCUAAUUCAACAAAUACGCGGGGCCACACUGCCCAGAGAACUAAAUCGCGAGUGGAUGCAAUGUUGGAACGUGCUCUGACACAACCACAACAGUGUUCAGUAGAUCCGCUCGAUAACGCCUUCAAUUGGGGCAUACCUAUCUGGACUACCGACAAAUUACAAGUGUGGCUAGAUAAGAUUUAUGCCUCAUUAAAAGAUACAAAUACACUUAAAUGUGUUAAUCGUAUAAAUACUGAUAAGGAUCUUAAAGUUAAAGAAUUUAAAAAAUCAUAUGUCAAAUUUGAAUCCUUUAAAAGAGAUACAAGACCUGUCUUCCUAGAAUUACCAGUUUGGCCGACAUUUAAUUUUGACGGCGAACCGGGUACUUGUCCGUUUGACAAACCACGAGAGAUUAAAGAGGAAGAAAAACAAAGUAAUAAUUUAAUAAAUAAGAAAAAAGAAAUGACUCGUAAGCCGCGAGCUAAUACUGCAACACGUGCUCGAAGAUCUGAACAGCUAGUCGGUGGUUUUUGUGAAAUUUGCCGGUGUGACUACAAGGAUCUGACAAAGCAUGUGCAGAGUGAUAAGCAUCUUACAUUUGUUCGCAAUGAUGAUAAUUUUUUAUCACUUGAUUCAUUGAUAAAUGCGGGAGCUAAUGUCGAGGCUUUUUUAAAGCUCAAUCAACCAGAUGACGUUGAAAAAGAUUUGUACACCAAUGGGAAUGAUAAUCUUCACAACAUAAUAAGAAACGAGGAAGUUAAUCAGACAGACAAGUCUGAUUUAGCGGAUUAUGGUGUGGAUGAAUUGAAAAUGGUCCAGUGUAAUGGGGCGCGACGUAAGCUCAAUCUAAAUUUAAGUUCACCUCAUAAUUUACGCGCCCGUGCUAAACACGAGAGUGGUCAUUUGUUGCGUUCAAAAGGUAGUCCGUGGCAUGAAGUUGAUAAAAGUGAAAAGUUAUUUGAUAAACUUGAACGUUAUACCAUAAAAAAACGAUCAAAAGGCACUAUUUGGAUCGAAGAAGAUGAAGCACCGGACAAGUGUGAUGACGACGGUGAUGAUGAUGAUGAUAAUAAUGAGCCUCCUUUAAAAGAUAAUAAAUCAACUACAACAACAACGACGAUGGUUAUAGAAAAAAGUCCAUUGAGUGAGUUGAAUGAUGUGAGAGUUAAAAAUAAAGACAGUCGUGAACAAACGCCUCGAAAAAGUCAAGAGUUAUCUUCGCGUUUUGAUGAUCGCCGUGAUCGUAAUAAAAAAAGUAUUUUGUGUCCUGAUAGAAGUAUUAGUGAGAAUAAUGCUAAAGACAAUAAUAAUUUAAAUGAUGAUUUAUCGGGUAAGAAAAAAGAGUGUCCAGUUAGAAUAGUAACAAAUAAUGAUAAUAAAAAACUAUCGGUUAAAGAUUUUCGCUGCAAUGGAUCGAUGGUUAAAUCGGUUAUUCCAUCGACACAAAAAACGGACAAUAGUGUUGAGACAUUUGAAACUGUAGGUAGUGAUGGUAAUAAUAAAAACAAGUCAACUGUGGAUAGUAAAAUUAAUGAUGAUGCUAAUGAUAAAUCAGUUAAGAGUACAAAAAUUUUUAAAUCUGAAGAAAAUAAUGACAAGGAGGAGAGUAAUAAAACAAAGUGUAAUCGAGUCAAUAAUAAUGUUAGGAGAAUUGCGGGACGAUCCUCACGUGCACGCCGAAGGCAAUCUGUGGAAGAACGUUUGAUUAAAGACAAUCGUGCAUUUUAUAAAGUUGAAGUUAUAGGUAAUAAAUUGAGAUCAAAUACGGCCCAUUUGAACAGCAAUAAUCAAAGUGUGCCGGUGGUUAAGGAAGUUGAGAAAGAAGUUGAAAAAGAUGAGGGUCCGUCGAGUGAAAAGCCGGUUGUUGUGAGAUUCAAACGGGUAAGAAAGUCCGAGUUGUCGUUAUUGAGUGAUGAAGCUGAGUCGUUUAUGUUUGGCGACUCGAGACGUGAUGAGUGGAGUAACUCGACCGACUGGAAUAAUGAAUCAGGCAGUAAUAGUAGUAGCAGUGUUGUUGCUAAAGACACUGAGACAAGUGAAGGAGAUAAUAAACCAUCUUCGUCAUCUAUUGCAUCAUCAUCGCCGGUUCCCAAUGUCCAGCAACCACCAGAUCCAUCACCCGUAAAAGAAGAACCUGCUGUUGAUGAUGAUUCACAGGAUUCGAGUAAUGUUGGUCGGGCUAAAAAGAGAAGACGUACCCAGGCAGAAGCAUUAAUUGAAGACAACUCUGAGUAUUAUAAAUUUGAAACACCUGGUAGUAGAUUAAGGUUUCAAAGUUUGCCGGCUGGUAUUGCCAAAAGUCAAGAUAAUCCUCCGGAAAUAAAUAAAUGUGAUAAAGUACCGGCAGUUGUUGAACAACAACCGGCUAGUGUUGUACCAGAAGUUGAUGCUGAAGGUAAAGAAGUGACACCACCAAGUACUGAAGAAAAACUUUAUCCGUCCAAACCAUCGGCUGAAAUUGAAAAAAUGCGAUUUUCAUUUGAAUCAGUUCCUAAAUCCGAGCCUUGGUAUCAGACAUAUCAACGUCAAGAUGAUGGGGCUGAAUUUUGGCACUACUUUAGUGAAUCUGAUUCACGCAAACCAUUUUUAUUGCCCUAUGAAAUUGAAAACUUUCAUGAAAAUCUUAUUAAACUUUGUCAGAAAAAUGAAUCACGUAAACGAGCUCGGGCGCAGGGUCCAAAUGGUCUCGGACGAUCGCCCAGAAAAAGUCCACGAUGUCAUGCUUCGACUUUGGCUAUCAUGUCAACAAUUAUUCGUAAACGUGAGCAACAGCAGAUUCAACAGCAGCAGCAACAACAAAUACAGCAGCAACAGUCAAUUAAUGUGAAUGUUUUAAAUGAUGAUACUCGAGUUGAUGUGAAUACAGUUAAUUCAGAUGCCAAAUCUAGUACUGACUUUGAGCUCAAAGAAAUAGUUAAAAGUAUAGACGAUAUGUUAAAUGCUGACGUACCUUUUGAAGAUUCAUUUGAACCUGAGUUGGAUAAUAUUAGUGAGGGAGAAGAAUAUCAAGAAGAAGAUAAAAAUCAACAACAUCAACAACAAGAUUCACAUCAUCAGUUAAUAAUAGCAUCAGAACCGUCUGGUCCACCGUCAAAUUUACUUGAAUUAUUGGAUAAUUGUCGGCAGCAUUUUAAUGGUCUCGAAAAUUCAUCGUGUGCUAGUUCAGAGUGUGGGGAAGUUAUUAUUGAGUCUCCAUUAAAACGCCGUAAGAGGCGAAAAAAUAGAACAGGCUGGCCUGGAAUAAAAACAAGAAAAAAAUUGCAAUGUAAGCAGCAAGUGACACCGGAUGUUGACUCUGAACGUGAAAAUUUACCAGCUAAAAGUACGCGUACUCGUAAUCCCGAUGAGGAUGAAGAGGAAGAAGAAGAAGAGGAGGACGGUGAGGAUGAGGAUGAGGAAGAAGAAGAUGAAGAAAGUAGAUUGAAUCAACAGAGAAUAAUUGAAAGACUGCAACCAUCAGCAACUGAAUCCGCAGACUCAUCGUCCCAUGAUUCAAAUAUUUUACCGGCAAUCAAAGAUAAAAAUUUAAUUGAUUUAAAUGAAUCAUCUUCGUGCCAGCCAAGUGAAUUAGAUAAUAAUAAAAACUAUGAUGAAAAUAGUAGUAAUGAUUUAUUGAAAAAAUGUAAUGAGGAAAAAAGUGAUAAGGGUAAUGAUGAAAAUAAUCAUGAUAAUGUUUUAAAACAACAAGACAGUCGUACAAGUACUAAAAUAAAUUCAAAGUCGACGCGUAAACGUCAGCAACAGCGUCAAGUGCUUGAUGCUAGACCGUCUUCAUCAAUGACAAUAGAAUCACAUCCUGAAAUUGAAAAUCACGAUAAUUUGUGUAGGCAAAAAAAUUCAACGGCAAUGAUAUCAAGAAAGAACAAUUCAACUGCAACGACUUUAUCAAAACGACGGCAACGUGAGAAUAAUAGUACCCAAGAAUCACCGAGUGCUGAUGUUGCUGCUGAUGGUCAAGUAAAUGAAGCAACUCAGCAAUCUGUAAUAUCACAACUAGAUGAUACUCAAACUCGUCAAGUUGGUGGUUAUAAAAAAAAGGACUCUGUCAGCAGCAGUCCAAAGAAAAAACAAACGCCAGCACCAACGCGAACUAAAAAACGACCGCGAAAGCAAAGGAGUACAUCGGAGACAAGUUUUGAUGACGAAAAUUGCAAAAAACCAGAUGAUGAUGAUGAUGAUGAUGAUGAUGAGAUGGAUUGUCCAUUGUCAGAACGUGUUAUUUUGCAACAACAAAGAGUUGUAUCAACACCUGAAUUACAACAACGACGGUCUAGCAUCGAGUUUCAACCAGUUGUCAGGGUAAUGAAAAUAGAGGACCAGGUUGAUAUGGAUCACAAUAUUUUAUCAGUUACCGUUGCCAGUAAUCGACGAUUGAGAAGUUCCAGUUCACCUAAACUUAAUUCAUCACCACCCGCUAAACGAUACAAACGUUCUAAGGGUUUAAUUAACCGGUGGAUUAAAAACAGUUGAAAUUAAUUUAUGAAAUUUCUACAUUCAAUAUAAUAACAAUAAUAAUAAUGAUAAUAUUAAUGGUAAAAUUAACAAAUAAUAAUUACUUGUAAAUUUUUAUAAAUUUUAUCAGUUCGACUCUGAACAUUGUGUGAUACAAUGAUAAUGUUCAGACUUGAAUCUCUAAAAUUUAAUAACUCUUAAUACUGUACAAAUUAAUAUUUCCUCUAAUGUCUACUAUUUAUAAUAAUUUUCGCAUUACAUGUAGAACUCGGAAUGUAUUAUUAUUAAAAAAAGAUAAAAAUUAAGAAAAAUAAAAAAAAAUAGUAUAGAUGUCGGGAAAUUUUAAACGUACGACGCGCUAAAAAUAUUUCAGUAUAUCAAUUAUAUAUUUAACUUUUUUUUUUUUUUAAAUCAUUUUAAGUUUAUUUUGUAUAAAUAAUUUAAUAUUUUUGUUUGUUGACGUAUCAUUAAAUCGGUAAUAAAUAAUCAUGAUAAAUACCAUACAAUCACACGCUUCGUGGAUAAAUACUUGCAUAAAUUAAAAAUAAUAUUAAUGAUUUAUGAUAAUAAUAUUAAUUAGUAUACGCAAGACUGCAUAUGUUAUAAUAAUGAUUAAAUACAAUGGUAAUUACUGACAGAAAUAAUAUCUUAAUUAAUCGAAAAUAGGAAAAUUUAAUUGAUAUGGUAAAUUUAUUAUAAAAAUAAUUUUUUUUUACGAUCCACUGGAUUAUUUAUUUAAUUUUUCUUUAUUAAAAAAAAUAUGUUUGUUAAUUAAAUGAACGAAAAAAAAUUGAAAAAAAAAAUACAAAGAGACAAUUGAAAAAAUUAAUCAAUGCCUUCACGUUUUUUGAAUGCCUCCUUUAAUUCCAAUAAUUUAGUUCUCUUUCGUGUUCUCUUUGCUGAAUCUUGGGCCAUCAGUCGUCUUUUUUGGCUCUCGAUUGACUGGUCACCAUUUAAUUUGUUGUCCAAUUUUGUUAUCAUGAUUUCUCGUGCUCUCUUACUAUUUUCAUGGACAUCACGCGUCUGAUGACAUUUAACAACAAUACCUGAAG